UGAUAGUGGUCGAUCAACAUUAGCAGAAGUCCUAGUAGAGACAUGAAUGCAGGAUGGCGGCGAACCCAGCACGCACUUGAGUGGCCAUUUAAUUACGGAAUAUGAAGUUGAUGGGAACAUGGAGAUCGUCCGUUACGCUUUUAUUUUUCUUCCUGCUCAUCUCACCCAUUCAGUUUUGUCAGCUGAGAAAAUUCACAAAACAGGAUCUCCUGGGUUACAAGAAACGUGUUGUGGAUAUGUUCAAUCAUGCAUAUGAAAGUUACAUGCAGUAUGCUUAUCCAUUAGAUGAACUCCGUCCUUUGACAUGUGAUGGUCAUGACACUUGGGGCAGCUUCUCCCUAACCCUCAUUGAUGCCUUGGAUAUGUUGGCCAUAAUUGGCAAUUAUACGGAAUUCCGAAGAGUGGCCAAACUGGUUCUCGACAGCGCAGAUUUCGAUACUGAUAUCAAUGCAUCAGUAUUUGAGACCAACAUUAGAGUUGUUGCUGGUUUACUUUCUUCACAUCUGUUGUCUAAGAAGGCAGGGAUGGAAACUGAUCCAGGUUGGCCAUGUUCUGGUCCUCUCUUGGAUUUAGCUGAGAACAUGGCUCGCAGACUUCUGCCAGCCUUCGAUACUCCAACCGGAAUGCCAUAUGGCACCAUAAACUUACGACAUGGUGUUCCAGCAGGAGAAACCACUGUUACCUGUACUGCUGGAGUGGGAACAUUCAUUGUAGAAUUUGGAACCCUCAGUAGACUUACUGGAGAUCCAAUCUUUGAGAAUGCAGCAAUGAGGGCUAUGAAAUCACUUUGGAAUUUCCGGUCUGAUAUAGACUUGUUUGGUAACCAUAUUGAUGUAAGAACUGGCAGAUGGACAGCUCUUGACAUGGGUAUUGGUGCUGGCGUAGAUUCCUAUCUAGAAUAUCUUGUCAAGGGAUCGAUUAUGUUCAACUCUCCAGAAAUGUUGGCCAUGUUUAAUGAAUGUAAAGUGGCCAUUGAAAAAUACCUGAAACGUGAUGAUUGGUACAUGUGGGGCAAUAUGAAGAAAGGCUCUAUCACAUUACCUGUGUUUACUUCUCUCGAUUGCUAUUGGCCUGGCAUACAGAGUUUGCUUGGGGAUAAUGACAGUGCUAUGAAAACUAUUCUGAACUUUCAUCAAGUUUGGAAACAGUUUGGUUUUGUUCCUGAAUUCUAUAACAUUCCAAAAGCCGACGCCCAUGCCAAUCGAGAAGGAUAUCCUUUGAGACCAGAGUUGAUAGAAAGUACCAUGUACUUAUACCAGGCCACUAAGGACCCCUACCUCCUACAAAUUGGAGUGGAUAUGUUGGAAUCUAUUGAGCAAGUGACAAAGACCAGAUGUGGUUUUGCUACGGUAAAAGAUGUGACUGACCACCGGCUGGAAAAUAGGAUGGAGUCAUUUUUUCUAGCAGAGACUCUGAAAUACAUGUACCUGCUGUUUACCCCCGACCAUUUUAUCCAUAAUAACGGAAGCAGAGGUGAAGUCAUAGAGACCACAUACGGAGAGUGUGUUAUCGAUGCUGGAGGUUAUGUGUUUAACACUGAAGGCCACCCUAUUGAUGUGGCUGCUGUUCAUUGUUGCAGCGCAGUAAAGAAAAAAGAUGAUGACAUUCUUUUUAAACUUCAUGACAAUUUGGAUUUAUUAGCAUUGUUGGGGGCUACAGACGAGGGCCAGCACUAUGGAGGGCAAAAAUGGGAGAAGAAAAGAAAAGACCAACAGACAGAAAACAGUGAUAAUGGGUCAGAAUCUAAUUCAGAAGAUUCUUCCAAAGAGACUGGGGACAGUUCUGGGGCUUCAAACACAACGAAAUCUGAAAGUGAAUCCAGUAACCACACUUCUUCCAGUUCAGAUAAAACUGAAAAAGAUAAGGAAAAUGUUAAAAUCAAUAUAGAAAUAAAACAAGAGAAAUCUUCACCACAAACAGACAAUAGGGGUGGAAAUACAUCGAUUUUAAAUGAUCUAAAUGUUGACGAAAAUGAUAGCCCGGUGAAAGAUUCAGAGAGAUCUGAAGAACCGAAUAUUGCUGACCUUUACAAAAGCUUAAAAGACUUUGAGAUUGGAUUCAAAGCACCAUAUUCUUUAAUGUAUUGCCCAGCUCAACCAUUCCAUAUGAAACUUUCUGUGAUGGGAGAAAUGUUUGAAAACAGAAUUGGACCUUUAGGAGAAGAAUAAAUUUUAUUUAAAUUUGUAAA